AUGGUGCAUUUCUCUGGGGAGGAGAAGGCUGCCAUCACUAGCCUGUGGAGCAAAGUGGAUGUGGAGGAGGCUGGAGGCCAGGCCCUGGGCAGGCUCCUGGUCGUCUACCCCUGGACUCAGAGGUUCUUUGACAAUUUUGGCAAUCUCUCCUCUUCCUCUGCUAUAAUGGGCAAUCCCAAGGUCAAAUCCCACGGCAAGAAGGUGCUGACCUCCUUUGGAGAUGCUAUUAAGAACUUGGACAACCUGAAGAACACCUUUGCUAAGCUGAGUGAGCUGCACUGUGACAAGCUUCACGUGGAUCCUGAGAACUUCAGGCUCCUGGGCAAUGUGCUGGUGGUUGUUCUGGCUUCUCACUUCGGCAGGGAAUUCACCCCUGAUGUGCAGGCUUCCUGGCAGAAGCUGGUAGCUGGUGUUGCCAAUGCCCUGGCCCACAAGUACCACUGAGUCCUC